AUGUUAAUUCUAUUUCAAUUAUUAUAUUUGAUUAGUAUAACAUAUGGGUUCUAUUUACCUGGGGUUGCACCAUCAGAUUAUAAAAAAGGUGAUAAUAUACCGUUAUUAGUCAAUCACGUAACACCAUCUUUACAUCAUGUAUCAAAUCAAAAUAAAAUAUCUAGUGCAACUUAUGUUUAUUCGUAUGAUUAUUAUUAUCCAAAGUUUCAUUUCUGCCAACCAAAAGAUGGUCCAAAAAAACAACUGGAAUCCUUAGGUUCAAUUAUAUUUGGUGAUAGAAUAUUCAAUUCACCAUUUGAAAUUAAUAUGUUGGAGGAGAAAAAGUGUGUUUCAUUAUGUAAAUCAACAUAUUCAAAAUCUGAUGGAGUAUUUGUUAAUAGAAAUAUAAGAGCAAGUUAUAAUCAUAAUUGGUUAGUUGACGGAUUGCCAGUUGCUAGUAUUAUACAAGAUGUACGUACCAAUUCCGAAUUUUAUGGUUCUGGUUUUAAAAUUGGUGAAGUUGUAGAUAAUUUAGCUCAUUUAUAUAAUCAUUUUGAUAUAACUAUAGAAUAUCAUAAAAGAGAUGAAGACAAAUUUAGAGUUGUUGGAGUUACGGUUUCAACUUUUUCAUUAGAUAGAUCACAAGUUCCUGAAAAUUCAAAACCUGAAGAAUUAUGUAGUGAAGAUUUAAAACCAAUUACAUUGAGUAAACAAGACGAAUCAGAAGUUUUAUUUACCUAUUCCGUUAGAUUUGAACCUAGUGAAAUCGCAUGGGCAACAAGAUGGGAUAAAUAUUUACAUGUUUAUGAUCCAAAAAUUCAAUGGUUUUCAUUGAUUAAUUUUUCAUUGAUUGUUUUGAUUUUAGGUAUUAUAAUUGGUCAUAUUUUAGUAAGAACUUUAAAAAAUGAUAUUGUUAAAUAUAAUGAAGUUAAUUUAGAUGAUGAUGUAAAUGAUGAAAGUGGUUGGAAAUUAGUACACGGAGAUAUCUUCAGAAAACCAGAAAACUCAUUAUUAUUAUCAGUUUUAAUUGGUUCUGGUGUUCAAAUUUUCUUUAUGGUUUUUGUUACUAUAGUAUUUGCAUUAUUGGGAUUAUUAUCACCAUCAAAUAGAGGUUCAUUAUCAACUUUUAUGUUUGUUGUUUAUAUUUCAAGUUCAAUUAUAUCAUCAUUUAUUUCCGGUUAUAUAUAUAGAUUCUUUGGUGGUGAAAAUUGGAAAUUAAAUAUGUUAUUAACACCAGUUUUGGUACCAGGAUUUUUAUUUGGUAUUUUUAUAUUCCUUAAUUUCUUUUUAAUUUCAGUCGAAUCUUCAGGUGCUAUACCAAUGGGUACAAUGGUUGCAAUUAUAUUAAUUUGGUUUGUUAUAUCAAUUCCAUUAUCUGUUUUGGGUUCAAUUUUAUCAUCGAAAAAAUCAAUGUUAACAGUUCCAGUUAGAACAAAUCAAAUUCCAAGACAAAUUCCAAAACAACCAUGGUAUUUAAGAACUAUACCAAUAAUGUUUAUAUCUGGUAUUUUCCCAUUUGGAUCAAUUGCAGUUGAGAUGUAUUUUAUUUAUUCAUCAUUAUGGUUUAAUAAAAUUUUUUACAUGUUUGGAUUUUUAUUCUUUUGUUUUAUAUUGAUGAUUUUGACAACUAGUCUAAUUACAAUCUUAAUGAUUUAUUAUAAUUUAUGUUCAGAAAAUUAUAAAUGGCAAUGGAAAUCAAUUUUUAUAGGUGGUGGUUGUUCAAUUUAUGUAUUUUUGCAUUCAAUGUUUUUAACAAAUGGUGAAAAAUUGGCUGGAUUAACUUCAUUUGUUUUAUAUACUGGAUAUUCAAUUGUUAUAUCAAGUUUAGUAUUUUUAUGUUGUGCUUCAGUUGGUUUUAUAAGUACAUUAUUCUUUGUUAGAAAAAUUUAUGCACAAAUCAAAAUUGAUUAA